AUCGUUUUGCUGCCUCGGACAAGGAUAUCAGGUUCUUUACAAGGUUUGCAUCAUAUGAUCUACUGAUGCGUUUCUGGGGCUUGAUUGCGAACUCACUACCAUCCAUGGUCAGUGUUCGACAAGCACAAAGAGGAGCUCUCACAGAGUCAAAUGCUACAACCCAUUCCCUGCAGCCCAUUGACGAGUUUUUCCUAUUUUUGAAUUACCUUGCCCUUGGGUCUAAGCAGCGGGACCUUGCUGACCGGUAUGGUAUUCAUCAGUCCACGGUCAGCAGAAUCAUUACUACAUGGAGCAACUUCCUGUUCACAGUACUCGGCUCAGUGAGGAUCUGGAUACCUGAAGAGGAGAUACAGAGAAAACUGCCUGCAGACUUCAAGGACUACCCCGACACCACAGUCAUCCUUGACUGCACUGAGCUGAGGUGUCAAUGCCCAUCUUCCCCUCUCCUCCAAAGUGAGGUAUUUUCCUCCUACAAGUCCCACUGCACUCUGAAGGGGCUCAUUGGGAUCGCGCCACAUGGGCCAGUGACAUUUGUGUCUGCGCUGUAUGCUGGGUCUAUCAGCGACAAACAGAUUACCCGUGAAUCUGGUCUCCUCAGUCUGCUCAAACCUGGGAUGGCUGUCAUGGUAGACAGAGGUUUCCUCAUUAAUGACAUUGUGCCCUGCAAGGUUUACAGGCCAGCCUUCCUCUCUGGCAGGCCUCAAAUGUCUGCAUCUGAGGUUAGGGAGACCCAGGCCAUAGCACGUGUAAGGGUGCAUGUGGUGCGCUUCAUUCGCCGGGUCAAAGAGCACAAGUUUUUCGAUUCUGUGAUUCCCCUACGGGUUUUUGGGAGCAUCAACCAACUGUACACGGUAGCUUGUCUCCUUACAAACUAUGAAAAUGGGCCACUGGUAAAGGCCUGGGCAAAGAAGCCUGAGAUCUGAGGAUUUCCAACGUGCAACCACACUGUAUAUUUAUACACUUUCAUAAAGGCACUGCAUAUCAGGCUUUCAGCCAGACGACCUUCAACAAGCCAUUGCACAUAACAUACAUAAAAACUAUGUAUUAUAUGUGCAGUGCACUGAUGAGGGAC